CUCCUCUUCUUUCACCUUUGUUCCAUUCUGGUAUUUCACCAUGCCAUGCACAACAUAGCAGCCUCUCAAACUGCCAAGAUGUUCAAAAUCAGCACAUUUGUACAAAAGACCUGGAUUCUUUUGCAAGUGUGCUUGUGCACUGCUCUAGGUAAACUUUUAAUGUUCUUAUUCCCAGCUACUCUAAAGAGCUAUAUAUUGAGACAAGGGGGAAAGAGCAGCAUGGGGAUGAACCCCAAAUUCACCUAUGAGAAUUGGGGACCAACUUUCUUUAGCUUCCCAUACCUACUCUUUGUCUUGAAAGUCAAAUGGAAAAGGCUAGAAGAUGAAGCAUUUCAAGGAUGCCCUGCUCCCAACACCCCUGUGAUAGACCUUGGAGGGGAAGUUCAUCACAUCUUAGAUUUCAUGCAAGAUAACAGGCCUUUGGUCCUGACAUUUGGAAGCUGCACCUGACCUUCAUUUAUGUUCAAAUUUGGCGAGUUUAAAAAGCUUGUCGAAGAUUUCAAAUUUGGAGCAGAUUUCCUUGUGAUCUACAUUGAAGAAGCCCAUGCCUCAGAUGAAUGGGCUUUUAAAAACAAUAUUCCUAUUAGAAGCCAUCGGACUCUCCAAGACCGUAUACAGGCUGCACAGAUCCUGCUGAAAGAGCAUCCCUUAUGCCCAGUAGUUUUAGAUACUAUGGAAAACUUGAGCAGUGCCAAAUAUGCAGCUCUGCCAGAAAGACUUUAUGUGCUUCAAAGAGGAAAGGUUAUCUAUAAGGGUGGAGUGGGACCUUGGAAUUAUAGCCCUCAAGAAGUACGUGAAGUUUUGGAACAACUACUCUAAUUGAAUAAAACAAACCUACUAGUGGCCCCCUAAAGUAAUUAACAUAAUUACUCCAUAAUCUGCUGCUUCUUUUUUAAAAAGGAUUAAUAUUGAUUUAGAAAAUAUUGUAUAUAUUAAGUAAAUCCCAUCCAUAUGAGGAAAAUGGGCACUGUACAUUGUGCACCUAUCAUUACCCCCACAUAGGUCAACCAUACACAAUAGAUUCAUAAUGUGGUAACUGCAGUAAUCCCUUGCUUGUAUGUAAUUGAAAGCUUAAAUCAGUAUGGCCUAAACAUACAUGCAAAUAAGGGUUAGUAGCCACUUGAAAACCAACUUAUAGAAGUGGCUUCAUACAGCAAGCUUUUCACACGAAGCAAUCUGUCAAUCACUUCUAUUUGGAAUUCAUCAACAGCUUGUGGUAGAGUGAUGUAAACUGUCAGAACUGCACAGCAAGAAGUUUCACGAGAACUGCUUGUCUUGCAGAGUAGUCACCACAUAGCUGAACAAUGUAAAUAAUAACCCUCCUCCUUGGUUGCCAAGUGACAAUAAGAUUUUCCAACAUGGACCACAGCCUAACUAUUGGAACUGCCAGAACAAAAUUUGAGUCCAGUGGCAUCUUUAAGACCAACAACUUUUUUAAAGGUGCAGGGCUUUUUUUGGUAGCAGGAACUCCUUUGCAUAUUAGGCCACACACCCCUGAUGUAGCCAAUCCUCCAAGAGUUUACAGGUCUCUUCUUACAGGGGCUACUGAAAUCUCCAGGAGGAUCGGCUACAUCAGGGUGCGUGUCCUAAUAUGCAAAGGAGUUCCUGCUACCAAAAAAAGCCCUGGGUAUAAGCUUUUGUAUGCAUGCACACUUCUGAUAUCUGAAGAAGUAUGUAUGCACAUGAAAGCUUAUACUUUGAAUAACACUUCAUUGUUUUCAAGGUGCCACUGGACUCAAACUUUGUUCUGGUGCUUCAGACCAACACAGCUACCCACCUGAAUCUAUUGGAACUGCCACACUGUGACAACUUUAAAUGUGAGAAGUCUUUGUUUUGAGGAACCCAGACUAUUGCAUGCUUGGAUAAUGGAUGCUUGGGUAAAAGAUGCUCACAUAUUAUGACAAACUGUACAUUGCAUGUCUGUGCAGGCAUACUCUUCCCAUGAGCUGGAUCAAGCAAACAUACACAGCCUCAGCACUUCCCCCUCAGUACACAAUGGACAGUGUUGGGAUCAUGCCUAAAGCUUCUAAUAAGCAAGAGACUUAACAGCUUUCUGAACUGUUGUAAUAGUUUGCUGUUGUUUUUAUUUAUAUUUGUUUAUGAUAGCCACAGCUUAAAACUUGGGCAGUUGUGACUUGAUUUAGGAAAAAUAUCUAUAGAAACAGGAUGCUAAACUAUGCAUAUUAAACUGUGUCUCACAAUCUUACUAGGCUUUAACUUGUUCUUUUAAACUAUAAUUUCCCAAUAUUUUUAUUGUUGUAUGAACAGAAGAGUUAUCACAAACUAGGAUGCUGGGUGGUAGCAUCCUUUCUUGCAAUUUACCGUAAUUAGCUUCCCUUUCUUUUAACUUGGGGGACUUGGAAGAAACAAUAUAAUAUUGUUUGCAUAUGUCCAUUUCUUACUAUUCCCUUUCAGAAGACCAUUUCUUGAAUAUUCUAGUUCAUGAUACCUAUUAAUGGAUUAGUCUUUGUAUGAAGAGUAAAUGACAUUAAACAGGAUUCACUUAAAGCAUGGUCAAAUGUUUGUAUGAACCUAGUGUGAUAUAUUUUGGUUUAAAAAACAGAUUUGCCAUGUGACAUGAAAUGCUGCACUUUGAGAAAGCACAGGAAACCCCUGUGUGGAAUCAGUCAAAUGGUUCUGAAUGUGUACAUAUCAGUUUGCAUACAAAGUUGCUUGAAUUUCACACACUCAGUGACAGGGGCAUUAAAGUACUCCCAAAACAUUAAAAACUUAGUCAUUCCCAUGAUAUAGUUCACCACACUCUGGAUUUCUGAAAACAUGACAUGUUCACACUCCUCACUUCAAACAGAAUAAGCCAAAAUUCAGCAGACAGAACACUGGGUUUCAACAGUUCACACUUGAAAUAGCCAAAGGUUAGGAAUUCAAACUCAAAGUUGGCAUCAGUGUUGGACCUACCCUGUGUAGUUCCACAGAGUGCAAUUCUAUCCCCCUUGCUUUUUCAAUCUUUUCAAACUACCCACAAGCUAUAUGUAGCACUGCUAACUGUACCCCAUUUCAUUGUCUGAUGAAGUGUCCUGCAGACAGUUCACUGACUGCCCAUCAGUUACUGGGUUCAAUUUAAAAUACUAGCUAUCCCAUGUGAAAUCCUUCAUGGCCUUGGUCCCUCAUAUUUGCAAAACUGCCUUUCUCCUUACCUUCCGCCAUGACAGCUUUGCUCAUUGGAGCAGGAUCUUCUGCAGGUGCCAAUUUGUUAAUGGACAAAAACAACAACUGCCCAUACAUGUGCCUUCUUCAUUGUGGGCCCCACCUUAUGGAAUGGCUUGCCUGAGGUCAGGAAGGCUCCUGCUCUCAUGGCUUUCCUUAGCUUGUUAUACCUGUUUGCAUCUGUUAAAACAUUGUUUCAUUAUGUUGUAUGCUAAUUUGCUGUGCAACCUCUGCCUUAUGUAUGAACUAGUAAAUUAUCCAUUUCAUUGUAUCUGAGGAAAUGUGUGUGCACACGAAAGUUCGUACCUUGAAUAAAACCUUGAAUGCA